AAGUGACCCGACUUAGCCAACCCAGGCAUUCAGUCAUAAAGAUAACUCCUGGAGAAAAGCACCUCAAAGGGUUGAAAGUUAAAGGCUGGAGGAAAAUUACUGAAGAAGCAGCAGCUGUUGGGGGAGAAAUCCAAAAGACAAGGAUCUUAGAAGAGUGAAGCAGGAGAAACUGAGAAAGAAGAAGAGACUGUUUUUUUCCAGAGUUGCAAAACAAGGAGGAAGAAAGCAGACUCACGCCAUGAGUGAACCCAACUACCAGAAGGUCCAAGGUGUCCCUGACAUGCAGAAUCUACCCCCCUACUCUGAAAAGCAGGGCCAUGAAAAGGCUGACCCACUGCAACCUCCUCAUGGGCCAGAACCCUAUGGAACAACUCCGCCAGAGCCACCCCAGUACCAGCCUUAUCCCGGGCCACCUGGUGUGGGGCCUGAUCAAGGCCCAAUCCUUCAGCCCAUGCAGACCGUCUACAUCACUCCAGUCCAGCCCACCAAUGAACCCACCUACCUGGGCUAUUCCAUCUUCACUAUGCUUUGCUGUUGCCUACCGUUGGGUAUUGCUGCCUUAGUUUACUCUGUACAGACCCGAGACGCCAACCAUACGGGAAACCUAGCGGCUGCGCGGAAAAGCUCCAGGAUGACCCGCAUUUUAGCCCAUACAGCGCUGGGAGUGGGGCUUUGCAUUACAAUUAUCUACAGCAUCCUCAUCUGGCGUGUGAGAACAUUGGAUUGAUAACCUCCCAGCAACAAAAAUUCCCCAAGAAGGCACUAUAUGCUUGUGUUUGUGAUGGCUCAAUAAUACACAAAUCUGUGGGAAAGAGCACAGAAAGCACAAAUCUCUAAAAUCAAAACACCCAGAAAGAUAAGAAUGGAUUGGCAUGUGAUGAUUGGACAUUGCUCAUAUGAUCAGUUGGACUGACUCAAUUGUAUGCCUCUUGCCAACAGUAACAUAUCACAAUUCAUGAGAUAGGGUUAGAUCCCCUUCUGAUUGCAACUCUCUCCACUGCCUGUUCUCCAACCCAACUGCCUUUCCUGUUCUGAUUCCUUACUUUGACUUUCUUCUCUUCUUUGGCCUCCUCUAGACUUCCUUUCUUGAUGUUCUGGCAUACAACCAAACCCAAACCCAGCCCAAUUUCACUUGGUCUGCUGCCUAUGCUUUUCAAUAAUCCACAGAAGAAAAGUAUAUAUCAGGAUAUCACAAAUUAAUACCAAGUUCUGCUCUUCCAGACUACCUGUUCUAUAACACAG